GAGGUGAAUCAGAUUAUGGAAACCAAUUUGUGGCUGAGACAUGUCUGGAACGACUACAAACUGAAAUGGGCCCCUGUUGAGUACGAUGGGAUUGAGUUCAUACGAGUUCCAUCCAAUAAAAUUUGGAGGCCAGAUAUCGUUUUGUACAACAAUGCUGUAGGUGACUUCCUCGUGGAAGACAAGACCAAGGCUCUGUUGAAGUUUGAUGGCACCAUCACCUGGGUUCCUCCGGCUAUUUUCAAAUCCUCCUGCCCCAUGGACAUCACCUACUUCCCUUUUGACUACCAGAACUGCUCUAUGAAGUUUGGCUCCUGGACCUACGACAAGGCCAAGAUCGACCUGGUGCUUAUUGGCUCAAAGGUCAACCUUAAAGACUUCUGGGAAAGUGGAGAGUGGGAGAUCAUCGAUGCACCGGGAUACAAGCAUGACAUCAAGUACAACUGCUGCGAGGAGAUUUACCCGGACAUCACCUACUCCUUCUACAUCCGCCGCCUGCCUCUCUUCUACACCAUCAACCUCAUCAUCCCCUGCCUCCUCAUCUCCUUCCUCACAGUGCUGGUCUUCUACCUCCCAUCUGACUGUGGCGAGAAAGUCACCCUGUGUAUCUCCGUCCUUCUCUCCCUCACUGUGUUCCUCCUGGUCAUCACUGAGACCAUCCCUUCGACGUCACUCGUCAUCCCUCUGAUCGGCGAGUACCUCCUCUUCACCAUGAUUUUUGUCACGCUCAGCAUCGUCAUCACCGUCUUUGUGUUGAAUGUCCACUAUCGCACCCCGAUGACUCACACUAUGCCGGAGUGGGUGAGGUCUGUGUUCCUUGGGGUGCUGCCCAGGGUAAUGCUGAUGAGGAGGCCUAUCGACCAGGGCUGCUCCUCCCCUGCCAGUAUUACAGCAGGGACGGGAGUAGGAGGGAGCAGUGGGGGGAACAAGAAGAGAAAGAACAGCAUAGGAGGAGGAAGCGGCUCAGGGAGCGUAAGCGUUGGGGGUAUAACUGGGGGUGUAGCGCCCAUGAACGCCCCUUCACCUGUCAACGCUGUUGUUGCCUUCUCCGUGGUGUCACCAGAAAUCAAGCAGGCCAUAGAGAGCGUGAAGUACAUCGCAGAGAACAUGAGGACGCGUAACAAAGCCAAAGAGGUGGAGGAUGACUGGAAGUACGUUGCCAUGGUCAUCGACAGGAUCUUCCUGUGGGUUUUUGUGACAGUGUGUGUGUUGGGAACACUGGGACUCUUCCUCCAGCCACUCAUCAGCUUCUUUAAAUAAGAUACUUGUCUUUUUCUUGUCUCUUUCUCUCUCCUUUUGUCUACUUCUGUAUGUGUCUGUACCCCGCUUGAAUUACGUUGGGAAUUAAUCCUCCUGCAGCUCUUUCACAUCAAACUCUGCGCUGUCUUCUUUCUCCUUUUCUGACUCUUUGUCUCUCUUCUUUCUGUCUCAUGCUCUUCUCUGGGACUCUCUAUCAUCUGCCAUCACGUCUAGCCCUCAGCUGUCUAUUUCCUCACAUGACUUAGCCUCAUUUCCCCAUUUCUCUUUUGCCUUGCCCUCUCAAUGUGCACACAAUCCAGUCUCCUCCUCUUCAUCACUGUUUCUUCUGACAUGAUUAUCACAUCUGCUCUCUUUUCAUUUCUCAGUUUUUCUUCUCUCCAUCUUUUGACCUGUUGUACAGCUUAUCUCUUCACACCUAUCUUCUGUUUUCACAUUGUAUCCAUUUCUCUCUGCAUUUCCAUUCUGUGUGUCUUACUGAAAUUGGCCACUCAGUCAUUGUUAUUAUAGGGUCAAUACAAUGUUAACAGUGUCAGGUAAUUAUAGAAGAACCCCUUAAGAUUCACAUCACUGAGAAAGAAGAAACUGUACCUUUGUGUGUUUUGCUGUAGCACUUUGUCACUGUAAGCCAGUGCAAUAAAGACAAUACACUUUAGAGAAAUUUGGUACAGUAUGCCCCCCUUUAAUUUAUAAUUAAGUUAAAUACUUUAAUAAUAAUUUUUUGACAACUGGUGAUGAUAUGUAUGAUGUAGUGAUGUAAAGGUCUUUUGAUGGCUGCCACUUUCUCUUCAAUCUUCUGUGUUUCCCUGUACAUACAUUUGUAAAAUAUAAGUGAGUUAUGCAUGGCUUCUGAGAAGGACACUGGCUAUG